CAGCAAAACUGAGGUGUAAUUGUACUCAUCCCUGCUCAGACCAUGGCCUUUUCUCUGAGUGAUCUGGUCAACAAAGGCCUGUGUGGCCUGUGUAAGGAGGUUUCCCUGGCAGUGCUGCCCAGGCUCUACAUGGAGGAGGUCAUGUUGGAGCUCCGCCGGCGUAAGAUUGAGGUAGGCAGAAAGGGCGUAGACAAGCGCAACCUGGUUGCUCUGCUGCAGAACCUUAUGACAUUAGAGUACAGCGAGGCUGAUGAAAGAGGACAAGAAGAAAUCUCACACAGAACUAUGUCAGAAAACCCGCUCAACUCCCGAUCACAGCACGAGAGUGGAGAAACCAAUGUAAAAGUUCUUAUAACCUCAGAAGAGCUGAUUGACUCUGCUUCACAAGAGCAUGGUCAAGAAAGUGGAUCAGCAAAUCAACAAAAUGCCACCCCCCAACCUCAAACCCAUAUGCAGACGAAUAUGAAAGACACCAACAGGGAGGGGUCAGCGGUGGAGGAAGGCAACAUUUCUGGGUCCACAAACAUGAUGGAUACAACUACAAGCACUGACAGGGUACCUGCAGGUAACACAGCAAAUUUUGCUGCACUACAACACUCAACAGCUUCUUCUGCAAAAACCUCUGUUCACCUGGCUGGAGACCAUACCUACACAGAAAGAAGACUAUCUGAGAGUGAAGUCAGAUCUGUACCUGUUAGGACUUCCUCCUUAAAUUUGGCACAGUGCUCUCAACAGCAAGGGUCUGUGAUGGAGGUUCCCUUGGUAACUGUUACCAUGUGUCCCUCUCCCUCUCUGAGAAACAGACAGAAUGGAGGAAUGGAGGAAAUGAUGGAGAAGAAGAGUGAAUCAGAUGACAGGAUGGAAGAUGGGAUAGGAGGAGACAGUGAUGACUGUGGUGAUGAAGCCAUCUUAGAAGAUGAUGAAAAAGCAGUACAGGACUCAGUAACACCAGCCAAUGAGGAAUCCUCAUCAGAAGUGCAUCAGAAGGAAGACAAUCAGGCUGUAGCAGCACCAUCUGAUCAAAGUUCCCCCAAGGACAGACAUUCGGGAGACCCUGGGGUGAAACCCUUCAGGUGUGAGGGGUGCAGCAAGCAGUUCAGUCGGCGAUGGCAUCUAAAGAAUCACAUGCUCAUUCAUUCAGGGGAGAAACCCUUCAGCUGCAAGGAGUGCAGCAGGCAGUUUAGGGAGAAGCGUGAUCUGAAGAGACACAUGACAAUUCACACCAGGGAAAAGCCAUACAAGUGUGAGGAAUGCAGCAGUGAGUUCAGUAUGCCAAGUGAUUUGAAGAAGCACAUGUAUGCUCACAAAGGGAAGAAGCUGUACAGCUGUGAGAAGUGCAGCAAAGAGUUCUUGGAUCGGAGGCAUCUAAAUCGACAUCUGCUGACUCACUUAGUAGAGAAGCCCUUCAGGUGUGAGGUGUGCAGCAAGCAGUUCUGUACCCGGGGAAAUCUGAAGAUACACAUGCGCACUCACACAAAGGAGAGACCCUAUAGCUGUGAGGAGUGUAGCAAGCAGUUCAGUGACUGGAGCAAUAUGCAGAAACACAAGGAGACUCAUACAAGGGAAAAGCCCUACAAGUGUGAGGAAUGCAGCAGUCAGUUCAGCACGCCAAGUGAUCUGAAGAAACACAUGUACACUCACACAGAGGGAAAACUUUACAAGUGUGAGAAGUGCAGCAAGGAGUUCAUGCAUCUGAAGGUCCUAAAGCAACACAAGCUCACUCACAAAGGGGAAAGAAAAACCUACAGGUGUGAGGUGUGCAACAAGCAGCUCAGUGAUGCUCGUAAUCUUAAGAGUCACAUGCGCACUCACACAGGGGAGAAACCGUACAGGUGUGAGGUGUGCAGCAAGCAGUUCAUUGAUUCUCGUAGUCUUAACAGUCACAUGCGCACUCACACAGGGGAGAAACCGUACAGGUGUGAGGUGUGCAGCAAGCAGUUCAGUGGCAAGCCCCAUCUGAGGAGACACAUGCAGAUUCACAUAAGGGAAAAGCCAUACAAAUGUGAAGAAUGCAGCAGUGUGUUCAGUGUGCCAAGUGAUCUGAAGAAGCACAUGUACGCUCACACAGGGAAGAAACUGUACAGCUGUGAGCAGUGCAGCAAAGAGUUCUUGAAGCAAAAGCAUCUAAAUCAACAUCUGCUGACUCACUUAGUGGAGAAGCCCUUCAGGUGUGAGGAGUGCAGCAAGCAGUUCUGCAGCCGGUGGAAUUUGGAGAUUCACAUGCGCACUCACACAGGGGAGAAACCUUACACCCAGAACAGAUACAUUUGCGAGGAGUGCAAAAGAAAGUUCAAGACGCCAGUUGAUUUGAAGUCACACGUGUGCAGUGACCAAGGGGAGAGAUCCUUCAGGUGUGAGGAGUGCAGCAAGCAGUUCAGUCGGCUGGCUAAUUUGAAGAGGCACAAGUCAACUCACUCUGGGGAGAAACCCUUUGUCUGUGAGAAAUGUGGCUCUCAGUUUCGUCUGUUGGAUAGUCUCAACGUUCACCUAAAGACUCAUGGUCCCAGACUUCCCAGGGAAAAACAUUACAGCUGUGAGACGUGCCAAAUGCAGUUUUAUAAUCAACGUCAUCUAAACCAGCACAGAAUGCUUCACACGGGGGAAAAACCCUACAUGUGUGACAAGUGCAGCAAGCAGUUCCAUCGGAAGGGUGAUCUCGCGUGUCACAUGUGGAACCACGCAGAGGAGAAACCCCACAAGUGUGAGCAGUGCAGCAAGCAGUUCAAUAAGCGGAGUGAUCUGAAGAGACACAUGAAAUCUCAUGGGGAGAAACCCUUUGUGUGUGAGGACUGCUGCAAAGCAUUCCGAAAAUUGGGUGCUCUUAAGAGGCACCAGCGCUCUCACACAGGUGAGAAACCUUACAAGUGUGAGGUGUGCAGCCAGCGGUUCAUUCGUCAGUAUGGCCUGACCAGACACAUGAACGUGAAACACGGUUCACAAGAGUUAGGAUUUUCCAGACACAUGAACAUGGAACAUGGUUCCCAAGACACAGGAAGUAACAGACACAUGAACAUGGAGCAUGGUUCCCAAGAGUCAGGAAAUGCAGCUGCUUCAGUCAUACAGAAUUUGAUCAUUGGAGAGACAGAGACAGUACAACUUGACUAUAAUGUACUUGAAGUCUUCACCUGAUGUACAUGUACAAUACGAACGGAGCCCAUUGUCUAUUAUGGGACAGCAAAGAUAAUAUAAAUAGACUGAUCUGAUAUACCAUUACUGUGGUAUAUUAUAUCCUAGAUUUAAUCCUAUCUAUACUUCUCCUUCACACUGGUUUGGACUAGGAUUAUACUUCAGAAACACACUCAUGUCAAACUAAAGCUAAUACUACUAAAUGUACUAGCAACAGCAGUCCCUUAUUACAAGUGUUUUGAGGAAAUGUUUGCUCCACUCCCUUUUUGUAUGAUUGAGUGUCUGAGAUUUUGAUUUUUAAUUUUGAAAACUUUUCUUUAGACUAUUAGAGGGCAUAUGACAUGUACUUGGCCUGUUUAAUAGAUGAAACCAUUAUUUGUUCAAUACAUUUGUUUAUCAAAUUGGGAUGACAAAAUGUUUACAAAGUGAAAUAGUGAAUGUAGGUAUGAAGAGAUUUUGACUGAUGUCUCUUGGUACUUGCAGUCUUUUGCUGUUACCAACUUUCAGUCUUUUGCAAUCUACAUGUAUCUGAAUGAUGUCCUCUUGGUACUUGCAGUCUUUUGCUGUUACCAACUUUCAGUCUUUUGCAAUCUACAUGUAUCUGAAUGAUGUCCUCUUGGUACUUGCAGUCUUUUACUGUUACCAACUUUCAGUCUUUUGCAAUCUACAUGUAUCUGAAUGAUGUCCUCUUGGUACUUGCAGUCUUUUGCUGUUACCAA